UACUACGUACGAGAGAGAGACCCGCCGUAUCGAUCUCCUCCUUCCUCGCUCCCCACUCCGCGGCGCCCAGAAAAGCUGCAUACAUGGCACAGGACGCGAGCGCGCGCGCUGCGGCGAUCAACUUCUGGAAGGACCCGAACGCCGAGUCGUGCUGCAUCUGCGGGGAAGAGGACGCGGGGGAGAAGCACGGCGAGCUCUCCUGCCCCUACGACUACCUGGUGUCCUCGGCCGGGUACGUGCCCUGCAGGGCGCGGCUCGCCGCGGGGAGGGACGACAGGGACGCGCCGUCCGGCCACCGCGCGUUCCUGCGCCGCUUCGUGCGCGUAACCAACCUGCCGGAGCGCUGCCGGCGCCCGGCUCGCAUAGCGGAGCUCUUCGCCCGGUUCGGGCCCCUGAGGAUGUGGCACGUCGCAAUGGACGCCCCCGCGGUGUGCAAGGGCUUCGCAUGCGUGGUCUUCGAGCGCCGGGAGGAUGCCGAGAAGGCCAUUGACGAGCUCAACUGCUAUUGCUUUGGCGGCCACAGCUUGCGAAUAGACUGGUUUUAUCCCAGCGCCUAAAGCUUUGUACUCGUUUUAUGAAAGGCUUAGAUGUUUGUCGACAUCUUGUUAUAUGCAAAUGGUUGGUGUGAACUCUAUUAUACUUAUUUUAUUGUAUA